GUUUUGUCGUUUAGCCAUUGGCCAUAGUUUAGCCAGUAGCCAUUGGCAGUCACGCUCGUGCAGUGCUAUGGCACUGUCACGCUCAUGCGUUCGAUUUGAGUCCUUUUCGCCUGCUGUUCAAUCAGUUUCCUGUCACCACUAGCGUCUGAGGGUGUACGCGGGCCGCGGUUUGGCGGGAUAAGUGUUAAUUCGAUGUGCAGGUUCCUGUCGGAUUUUUCGCAGUGAAUUAUUUAGUUGACGCCCACGGCGAACAUCUCGACUGCGUCCAGCGUGUUUUGACUUCCUCACUGUCGACGUACGAGCACGGUGGUGAAGUCAACAACCAUGGAUCCAUUGUGGUCGCAGCACCUGGAGGCUCUCUGGCAUUCUGCCAGAAACAAGAAGACAGAACCCCUUGUGAAAGUCUUGCAAACUUACUUUGACAAAGCACCCAAUUGCUUUGAAUGUGCAUUUUCACUGAUGCGUGCAGCAUCAGACUUCCAUAAGAAUCGGCCCACUGCUCUGAGCUUCACAAUAAUGAGUGUAUUUCAGGAAUGGCUGCUUGAACACCCAGAGCUGUAUCCUGCCUUGCUUACAAAAGACAUAAAGCGCCGUGCUCUGAUGACAGUAUUGAAGCAAACAAACACAUCUCUGAUUGACCUUGUGUGCCGUGUCUACAAGCUGAGUGAACACCGUGUGGACUACAUGGACAUUGUGCAGGAUUUGCUGAUCAGGAAACAUUUUAAUGAGGCAAGCACUGUUGUCACUAGCCUGAAACUGCAUGACUACUUCAGCAUUGAAGAGAUAGCCAUUCCUCUUUUUCUUAUGGACAAAAUGGCACUGCUCGAGAACUACAUGGCAGGACUGCCUGAGCUUCAGAAGGAAGUAGUGGUAUACCUGGACAGUUUGUACAAUGAUGGGAAUCGGGCUGAUGGUGUGAUAAGCAACCUCAAUGUGAAGAUGAUCAGCAGGGAUAAGAUCCACCCUAAGACAUUAGCGAAAGUCAUAUCAAGGCUGCUCAAGCAGUACGGUCUGCCUGUUGAACUUUGUCCUCAUGUCCACUACAGCAGAAGUAAGAGUGCAUUGAAAUACUUGAUUUAUAAGCGAUACAAUGAGGGUGACUUCUCGGAAGCAAGUUGGCGGGAGAUGAUUUGCGAAGCUGUUGGCACUAAUCCCACUUUGCAGCAUGAUCUCCUGAAUGAAUUGUUGUGGGUGGACGACUAUGAGAAUGCUCUCAGCUUUGCUAUAAAGCUUGGUCUACCUGACCAUCAAUGGCCACGCUCCCUCCGAACCUUCAGAGUGCAGUGCGGACCACACAAGGUGCAGGAAUUGCUUAAGUCAUGGAACUUGAACUAUGACAAAGAUGACCCCUCGAAAUACUUGCCAUUGAGGAUUGAUCUCUGUGAUGUUCACAUGGUUGAUACUGCAGAUGGCCUUGACACUUGUAUUGAGGUUAUCAAGGACUUUGAUGUUGUUGGCAUUGAUGCAGAGUGGAAGCCAACAAUGGGACUGACACCUUCAAGGCUGUCCUUGGUCCAGCUGGCAGUGUGGGACGGUGUGUAUGUCUUGGAUAUGCUGAAGUUGUCUGAAAUCCUGUCAGAGGAGCAGUGGGGCCAACUGUACACGGAUGUGCUGUCAUCAAAUGAAAUACUGAAGCUAGGUUUUGGCAUUGCUGAGGAUCUCAAGUUGCUGGCUGAGACCAUCAAGUUCCCAGGAGGGAAGAUUCAUAACGUUGUGGACCUGUGCAGCUUUGCAGAAAAGUUGCGAUGUGAUUGCCCUACCUUGAUGAAACCUGUGGUGCCAAAAGAGCGAGGACACAAGGGCUUGUCAGAGCUGACUCGUACACUUCUGGGCCUUCCACUGAACAAGGAUGAACAAUGCUCCGAUUGGGAAAACAGGCCGCUGAGGCAGUCUCAGAUGAAAUAUGCUGCACUGGAUGCCUUCUGCUUGCUUCAACUUUAUGAAGAACUUUACAAGAGGGCUGAUGCUCAACAAAUAAACUUGCGGGAGCUUAUCGAAGAUGCAAAAGAUGCCAAGGGAGGAGGAGCUCAUCUGCGCCAAGACAGGCCGCGGAAGUACAAAUCUCAGGUACACAGGCGAAACGGUCGCAAGACCAACUCUGGCAAGCGAAUUAAGACUGCAGUUUGUAUGGUUCGUCCACUGCUCUUGGUUUUGGAUUGGGUUCACGUGGAGUGGGAAGCAUUACCUGAGCUGGAAACACCGCUGCCACCAUGUGCCCAGCAGGUAAAUGACGAAUGCUGGUCCUGGUUAGCCGAUACUUGUUGGUCACGCAAGUGUGGCCGCUGGCGUCCUUUUGAGGUGGGCGAGGAAAUAACCUGCGUGGACGAGUGGCCCUUCGUGCGCUCCGACCAGCCGCUGCCCGUGUCCGAGUUCCGGGUCAUCGUGGAUACUAUGGUGCAGGGUUUGGGCCGCUACCUGCGGCUCUGCGGUAUCGACACCAUCAUCCUCCGAGAUGGCGACGACCGCGACCAGGCCGUCAAGCUCGCACAGAAAGAAAACCGGGUGAUCAUCACGUGUGGUGCUCCGUAUAAAAAGAUGAAGCAGUACCUUGCACGGGAUCAGUGCUUUUGCGUGAGCAAUGUGGCUUCCGCUCGAGAACAGAUCAAGGACGUGCUCAAAUUCUAUAACGUGGCAGUCAAGGAAGAGAACAUCUUGACCAGGUGCACGGAGUGCAACGCGUCCCGCUACGCGUUUGUGCCGGCCGAGCACAUGUGGCAGCUCCAGGCGUCCCUGAGAGGUGAGGGCCUGGCGGUGGCCGGCGGUAAGGCCCUGGUGCGCUCCUACGGACCUGACUGCUCGAUCGAUUUCACUUCUGGCCGCUUUGACAACGGUGUGCUGGUCAAGUGCGACGGUCUCGUCUUUGAGUAUCUUUCCCACGUGCUGAGGUUCUACGUGUGCGUGGGCUGCGGCAAGGUCUACUGGGAUGGCUCGCACUACGACCGAUUCAAAAAGCAGUCGUGGAUGAACGAGCUGAUCUCCGGUGAACCACCGCCCGCCUCUGAGAGCUGCGCUGAUCGCGUCACAGCGACGGGCUCUCGUCACCAGAAUGACGGAACUUCCCGUUGAGGGUAGCAGCCGUUGGUGUCCCAUAUAGUCCAUGUGCAGUCGCCACUGACGGUGUCACCUUGCGCACUUUGUUGUUGGGAUUCGUGGGAAUGUCUUGUAAAGCGUAUCCGUCGGCACGAAUGUCUGAACAUGAAGGGAUGAAAGCCGGAGUCCCCGCAUCCCAUUCGGCUGAAUUAAGGGUAAUGCUUCACACAUCAUUUACUGAUAAACUGACAAAGAAGUGGUAGUCGUACUUCCCGGAAAGGUCUGGCUGUGAGCGUCUUUCUUCGUUUCUUUCUUUUUCAUCAGUUUGAAGUAAUCUGCGUUAGCAGCUUCCAUGUUUCUUAAGUUCAAGAUGUAUUCUGCAGAAAGGAAAGGACAGCAUGCAGAGACAGAAUACUCAAGGGAUAUACUUAAUGGUGAAACAGAAGCCCUGCGCAAGCCACGUUGGGUGACAAGAUUAUCGCUUCAUUGCGAAAGUUAACCACGUGGCGUAUGUUAGCUCAACCUUUGUGUUGUAUAAUAUGCAAAUGAAUAAAAUUCAUUUUCGUUUCCCUGUCUA